AUGCCUUUAACUCCUGAAGCUGCCCACUCUUCGCUCGACCUUCUCGUUUUCGCGCUCUUGAUGAGGAUCUUUACAAUUCAGAAUCCGAUACAAACGCGAAUAUCGACUUUUCCUUACCAUGGUUCUGACGAAGGCGACGACGCCAAAACGUUAGCCGUAAUAAACUUUGUUAACAAUCUUGGCUGUUACCAAAUUGACUGUCGACAAGUUGCAAUCUCUAUGCCAAGAUUCAAGGAAAGUCGAACUUUCGCACUACUUGUAUCGUCCUAG